AUGGAGGUAGAAACUGGAGAAGAACUCUGCUUUCCAAAGUUAACCAACACUUCCUGCAGGAAGCCUGGAUCGACCUGGACUGAAGCCGUGCUCCCUCAGAUCAUGCUGUCUUCGAUUUCUUUGCUGACAGCAUCUCUCAACCUGCUCGUCAUCAUCUCGGUCGCCCAUUUCAAGCAGCUUCACACACCCACUAACACCAUCCUCCUCUCACUGGCUGUCUCAGACUUCCUCCUGGGUCUCCUGUUGAUGCCUGCAGAAAUCAUCCGGAACACAGGCUGCUGGUUUCUUGGCGAUCUCACUUGUUCUCUGUAUAACUCUCUGUCCUUUGUCAUCACCUCUGCUUCAGUCGGAGACAUGGUUCUCAUAUCGGUUGACCGCUAUGUGGCCAUCUGUGACCCUCUGCGUUAUCCCGCCAGAGUCACAGACAGAAGAGUCAAAGCUGUUGUCUGUCUGUGUUGGCUUUGUUCUGUUAUCUAUGGCUGUCUUGUGGUAUUAGAUGACUUAGUAAAGCCCAGUAGGCACAAAUCAUGCGUGGGAGACUGUCUAAUUUCUGUUGACUUUAUCGCAGGAACCGUUGACCUCAUUGUGAGCUUCGUCGUUCCAGUUGCAGUCAUCAUAGUGCUGUACGUGCGAGUGUUUGUGGCGGCCGUGUCUCAGGCCCGCGUCAUGCGCGCUCACGUCACGGCCGUCACUCUGCAGCUUUCAGUGAAUAUGACAAAGAAGUCUGAGCUGAAAGCAGCCAGGACUCUUGGUGUUCUCGUGGUGGUUUUUCUAAUAUGUUACUGUCCGUAUUACUGUCUCUCCCUCGCAGGAGAGGAUCUGCUCAGUGACAGCUACGCGCCAUAUUUGCUCUUCCUGUUUUAUUUCAACUCCACUCUAAACCCUGUGAUCUAUGCACUGUUCUAUCCCUGGUUUAGAAAAGCAGUAAAGUUCAUUGUCACUUUCCAAAUUUUGCUUCCUGGUUCUUGUGACUCUAAUGUAUUGUAA